ACCACGUUAUUCGUCGUUCGUCGGAGAGUAGACAGAAUUUGGAACUCGCUCGUGUCAACCUGGAGUUUCUUUGGUUCCAUUCACCUAUUCAAACCAUGUUCCAAGCAUGAGAGAGGGAUGCGAAAGCUCACACUCGAGAAUGGAUGGAGGAGAAGGACGAGAAGGAGGAGAGAAGACGACGGCGCUGACGAUCAUGGAAACAAUCAUCUUACUCAAAGACCCGGGGAUUGAACGAAUUAGUUUGCCUUCAGAAGUCUGAGUGACAGAUAGGUGAUCCGAAAGGAUCGCAAAAGAACACCCACGAUUCGAAGUAUUGAUGGCGGUUUUAUCAAGCCUUUGUUGUCUUAUCGUUAUUGUGACUUGUUCGAGGUCCUCUUUGGGGCAAGAAGAAAAGGAAGCGGAAAUCCUUGGGGUUGGCAGACUCAUGGAACCGCCCUCUCGUGGAUCCAUGUGGAGACUCGGCUUCUUCGCGCCUCAAGACAAAGACGACGCUAAAUCUGAUUGCGGAGGAUUCACCAGAAUGUGGAAGAAAAACAAGGGUCGAUGUGGAGUUUGUGGCGAUGCCUUUGACUUGCCAACUCCUCGUCCGCAUGAGGAUGGCGGUCAAUUCGGUCGCGGGAUAGUGACACGCCACUAUGUGACUGGUCAAAGCUUCGAGGUCCAAGUGGAGUUGCUUAACAACCGAAGGGGCCAUUUUGAGCUGGAAUUGUGCCCAGACACAGAUUGUCUUGACGUGAUCGUGCUUAAUCAGACGGGUUCAGAUUCUUUGGAGAGCAAGUUCUUCGUUCCUCAAGCCAAGAGCCCCAAAGAGGUGUAUAAAUUGACGUAUCAAUUGCCCGAAAAUUUCACUUGCGACCAUUGCGCUAUCCGUUGGAAAUAUGUCAUGGGAAGUCACGUUUGGCCUUGUUCCAACGACGAUCGGAUGGACUCUGCUUGCGGUCCUCAAUUGGAAGCCCGAGCUUGUGCUGACAUUGCAAUUAAUGAAGGAAUCACUCCGAAUGAAGAGGAAGACGAGGAAGGCAACGAGAAAGUUGACCUUUUGGCCGGGAUUUUCCAACUCGACGAGCUCGACGAGGAGGAGAACAAAUCCUGGAUCGCAACCUUACAUACCUUCAAGAAACUAAUCGAACUGAAAUCGAAUGGAACGCAUGUGGCCCCUAAUAUAAUUGCUCACGGAACGAGCGCUAAUGACAAAAUGAAGAUGGCUGCAGCUCAAGAUCUCGAGGGAGCAGAUGUAGCAUCUCGCGAGGAAAGUGGCACAUCUGGUAUGUCCACCAAAUGGAACACUCCAAUUCCAACGCAAGAUAACCUUAUUACGGAAGGUCCUUUUCCCAAAGUUGAAUCCGAGGGCGAUGGCAUGUCGGAAAUAAUGACUUCAAAUACUACCUCAGCAAUUGGAACACGGCAAUCGUCAAAUAGCACGUACCCCGAAGGUUCAACUUCCGAAGCUGAACCAGAAACUGCUUUGGAACCAGAUUUAGAGGCCGGUCUUGAGGCUGAAAAUGUUUCAACAUUUCAGCCUGAAUUGGUGGAUUCGGAAGUAGAAAAGUCAUUUGAUCCCAAAAAUAUAUCAUCACAAGUUGAGCCAAAUCAUUUCGAGUCGGUAAAUGAAACCAAGUCAGCAGAACAAGACGAUCCAAUGGCCGAGACCGAACCUGUAGAGGCUCAAUCCGACUUGAAUUUGCCGAAAGCAGAGCCUGAAGCGGAUCCCGAGGGCGACUUGCAAGAUAGAGGGCUUAUUUCCGAAGUGGAUCCAAGCACUAAAAGUGAUCUCAGUGUUGAACAAAAGUAUGUAGAGCCUCAACAUGACGAAGAAUUGUCCCCUGUCAUAGAUCCCGAAACGGAACCAGAGCGCCCACCAAUGAAAGCCCAAUCGAAUCUCGCAUUGUCAAACAAAACUGGCGAAAUGCUAGAGCCAAAAGUAGAACAGGAACCGGGAGCAGAUGCCGAGUGUCAAUCUUCUGAUCCUUCGCUUUCGAAGCCCAAAAUAAAGGCAACACCAGGCUUGGAAAUUGGUUCUGUUGCUGAACCAGAACCCUGGAAGUCGAUGGUAGACAAAGCUAUUGAACCCGAGACCUCGCUUGAGCGCUCUCCAGUUUCUAGCGCUUCUGAACUAUCUUCAGACACAGGAUCAUCCUCGACGACUGGAUCGGCUAAGGAACCAUUCUUGGAAAUUGCCAUUGACAAUUAUGUGGACAAUGGAAGUAGGCACUCUACACAAUUAUUCCCCGAGCUCGUUUACCAUCACUAUAAUGAUAGCAGCAACGGCGAGAAUGGAGAGCCAGACGGGAUGAGUAUUGACCAAAGAGCCCUCAUUUUUCCCCGAGACAAUGAAAUACUUUCCUCCACGGUGGUCACGAAACAGCUUACAUUCCCCAAGGAAAAAGGUAUUUCCGAGAGAACCAAAGAGAAGAGGCGCAAGCGAAAGAAGAAGAAAAUGCCUCCCACCAAGUCGGAUUUGACGAAGAAGAACGACGACGGCGAUGAAAACGAGUUCAAACACGAGAAGCUCACACAUGCUUAUUCUCAGGCCCAUCCGUGUUGUGGCAUAAUUAGAGCCCAAAUCAUUGUGGGAGUCAUGGCGAGUCUCUUGGUAUCGUGGGCAAGCAAUCAUUGAGUGACCCUACCAAUCAUUCAAGGAUACAACUCUCUUGAUGGGUUGGUCUUGAAAUUGCGAGCCGAAGGUUCAUAAUAAAUCGUCCGAAAUAGAUUGAACCAUUGAUGUUCGUUUGUGUCUUGAACCAUGUGCUUAACUCAUCUUUGUAUCACUGUGGACAUACAAGCUAUCAAAAUUAACGACAAAAAUGACUCCAAGUAUUUUGCAAGCUCAAAAGGAGGUGUGUUCUGAUCUGCGAUCUAGUUUUUGUAUAGCCAUCGUCAUCGUUCAGGAGAAUGUUCAUUUAGGAUGAUUAGGAAAAAAAGUAUUUGUUCUUCAGAUGGGCUGCUAUGGUGCACAGCAAAUGUUUCUCAGUCGAAGGGAAACUUCUCAAAAAUGUCGCCGAGCUUAGAGCCACUAUAAUAGAAGAGUACGCGCAUGAGAUUUUUGGUCCCAAAACGUCGUUUCCAUUGUACUGUGGUUCUUCAGUUCACCCCCAAGGCGGCUGUUCCUGUGUUAUGUAUUUACUUCAUUGUUGUAAAACGUAGCAAGAAAAUAAAUCGGGUGCAAUAUUUUUAUAAUUUUAUAGUCUC